AAAUCUGCCGAUGCAGUGACGUGCAGUAUCUGAAGAGGCCUCCUGUUCGCCCCUACCUGGUCCUGCAGAUGUCUUCUCUGCCACUGACUCUGCAGCACAGAGCCUGGACAUCAGGAAGCCUCAGUCAAACAUCUCCUCUAAUGCGCAUGACCACCAUUUCCAGAACUGCAACUCCACUUUGUGGCCUCCUGCCUACCCAGCCAGUGUUGGGUAGACCACUUGGCAUAAAACUUUUUUGGCCGCCUUUGGCCAUACUCACCGUUUAGCUGUUGCUUUUUUCUUUUUCUUUUGUGCUUGUUGCCUUGAACUGCUGGCCCACUGCUUGGGACUCAGCAUGGAGAAUAUGGAGCAAUGCGUUUCCCAGGUGAUGCAGAAGGACCUAGGCCGGCGAUUACAAGUCGGUCAGGAUAUUAUAGACUACAUCUUGGACAAGCAGAGAUCCCACGACUUGGAACAGGAUCAGACUCUGCUUGACAGAAUGGCGGACAACAUUGCCUCGUCAUGGGUCAAUUCCAGUAAUUUUAAGGUCGCAUUGCUGGGAAUGGACCUGUUGUCAGCCUUAGUUACCAGGUUGCAGGAUCGGUUCCGUCCCCAGAUAGGAACAGUCCUGCCCAGUCUGAUAGACCGCUUGGGGGACGCCAAGGACCAGGUGAGGGACCAGGACCAAACCCUGCUGCUGAAGAUCAUGGAGCAAGCGGCCACUCCCCAGUACGUGUGGGAUCGAAUGUUGGGCGGAUUCAAACACAAAAACAACCGGACCAGAGAAGGAGUCUGCCUCUGCCUUAUCUCCACCCUUAAUUUAUAUGGAGCCCAAGGACUCACCCUCAGCAAAAUUGUACCUCACAUAUGUAACCUGUUAGGAGACCCAACAAGCCAGGUUCGUGACGGAGCCAUGAACUGCUUGGUGGAGAUCUACAGACACGUGGGGGAGAGGGUCCGCAUGGACCUGGGAAAGAAAGGCCUUCCCCAGUCCCGCUUGAAUGUAAUUUUUAGCAAAUUUGACGAAGUCCAAAGAUCGGGAAACAUGAUUCUCUCCUCUGAUAAGAACAUCGACGAUGACGACUCUGUGGACGGGGGCCGUUCCUCGUCCUCUAAGGGGGCGUCGUCUGUGCGACGGCCAGGAAACACCGGCUCCAUGCGCCGGCCUAGCUCCGCCUCCAGCUCCAAAUCCACAGGUAAAGAGGGUGGCAGCGCUGGGGCCGUGGAUGAGGAGGACUUCAUCCGUGCCUUUGAGGACGUGCCCACAGUACAGAUCUACUCGAGCCGUGAGCUGGAGGACUCCAUGAACAAGAUCAGAGAGGUCCUGUCAGACGAGCGUCAAGACUGGGAGCACAGGGUCACCGCGCUGAAGAAGGUACGCUCAUUGCUGCUGGCCGGCGCUGUGGAAUAUGAGGGUCUCUCUCAGCAUUUGCGUCAGAUGGAGCCGGCCUUCAAGCUCUCGGCCAAAGACCUGCGCUCACAGGUGGUCCGAGAGGCCUGCAUCACGCUUGGGCAUCUGUCCGUGUUGCUGGGUAACCGCUUUGACCACGGCGCGGAGUCCAUCAUGCCCACGCUGCUCAACCUGGUACCCAACAGCGCCAAGAUCAUUGCCACGUCCGGCAUGGCUGCCGUCCGCAUAAUCCUGCGCCACACCCACUACCCUCGCCUCAUCCCCAUCAUCACCAGCAGCUGCAUCUCCAAAUCUGUGGCCAUCCGACGGCGCUGUUAUGAGUUCCUGGACCUGAUCUUACAGGAGUGGCAUACAAACGCUCUUGACAGGCAUGUUGCAGUGCUCAGUGAGACCGUCAAGAAAGGAGUCCAUGACGCAGACUCGGAGGCCAGAUCUGUGGCCAGAAAGUGCUAUUGGGGUUUCCAUGGCCACUUCAGCCGGGAGGCGGAGCAACUGUUCCAGGCUCUGGAGCUGUCCUAUCAGAAGGCUCUUCAGUCCCACCUAAAGGGCUCUGACAGCGUCAUGUCCCUCCCCCAAUCAGAUCGCUCCUCUUCCAGUUCCCAGGAGAGCCUCAAUCGGCCGCUUUCGAAGAGCAGCCUUGGAGUUGGCGCAGGCAGAACUGUGAAGGCGGUUCCUUCGCGAGCGACUCCAGGCUCCUCCUCCCUGCAACGUUCCCGUAGCGACAUCGAUGUGAAUGCCGCAGCCAGUGCCAAGUCUCGCAUGCCCUCAGUGCCCAGUGCUGCCCCCUUCAGUUCCGCCAACGCACUGCCCCCCGGCUCCUACGCCUCCCUAGGUCGUGUACGUACCAGGAGACCAAGUGCUGGCAGCACAGCAGGAAGUGUCACCCCAGCCACAGACAGCAGGGGGCGCAGUCGAGCUAAAGUGGUGUCUCAGUCUCAGCGAUCCAGAUCUGCUAACCCCACAGGCAGUGCGGGCAGUCGUUCCAGCUCCCCCGGUAAGCUGCUCGGUCACACGUACGGGCGUAUCCCUCGUCCCACGGGAACCGCAACGCCGUCGGACGGCAGGCGCAGCCGCAUCCCCCGCAGCCAGGGCUGCAGCCGCGAGACCAGCCCCACACGCUCCAGCUCGGUGCGGGUGAGUCGUAUCCCGCGGCCCAGUGCGAGUCAGGGCUGCAGUCGUGACACGAGUCGCGAGAGCAGCCGUGACACCAGCCCCGCCCGUGGCUUCACCCCGCUGGUGUCACGGCGUCAGUCCCGCUCCACGAGCGCGCUCACAGCGGCCGACCCACUCGGCUACUCAGACCGCUUUGGCCUGGCCCACCAGGCUCGGAUCUCGGCCUCCGUUAACGCCAUGCGCAUCCUCAACACAGGCACUGAUGUGGAGGCGGCUGUGGCAGACGCUCUGCGGAGGCCGAUGCGGCGUCGGUACGAGUCUCCGGGGAUCUACUCUGACGACGACGCCAACAGCACGGCCAGCGUCGGCUUGCUUCGAGCGGCGUUAGACGGCGGCUCGGAACGCAGCGGCAUGCCGCACUACAUGCGCCAGACGGAGGACGUGGCCGAGGUGCUGAACCACUGCGCCAGCUCCAACUGGUCGGAGAGGAAGGAGGGCCUGCUGGGCCUGCAGAACCUGCUCAAGAGCCAGCGCAUCCUCAGCCGUGUAGAGCUGAAGCGGCUCUGUGAGAUUUUCACCAGAAUGUUUGCAGACCCACACAGCAAGAGAGUGUUUAGCAUGUUCCUGGAGACACUGGUGGACUUCAUCACGCUGCACCGUGAGGACCUGCAGGACUGGCUCUUCGUCCUGCUCACCCAGCUGCUGAAGAAGAUGGGCGCCGACCUGCUGGGCUCCGUCCAGGCCAAGGUCCAGAAGGCCCUUGACGUCACCAGGGAUUCCUUUCCGUACGAUCAGCAGUUCAACAUCCUGAUGCGGUUUAUCGUCGACCAGACUCAAACACCCAACCUCAAGGUGAAGGUGGCCAUCUUGAAGUACAUCGACUUGCUCGCCCGCCAGAUGGACCCCACGGACUUCGUGAACUCCAGCGAGACGCGGCUGGCGGUCUCGCGCAUCAUCACGUGGACCACCGAACCCAAAAGCUCCGACGUCCGCAAGGCGGCUCAGAUGGUCCUGAUCUCUCUGUUUGAGCUGAACACCCCGGAGUUCACCAUGCUGCUGGGAGCUCUGCCCAAGACCUUUCAAGACGGAGCCACCAAGCUCCUACACAACCACCUCAAGAACUCCAGCAACGCAUCACAGGGUUCUCCCAGUAACACAGUUGGCCGGACCCCUGCUCCUCGCCACCCCAGCAGCCGCACCAGCCCCCUCACCUCCCCCACCAACUGCUCCCAUGGGGGGCUCUCGCCCAGUCGGCUUUGGGGGGGCAGCUGGAGCACUAACGGCCUUUCUAAGCACCCCCCUCCCUUCCCUCCACCCUCCUCCUCCACCCCUGCCGCUCCCUCCACUAGGGGUCCUCCCCGCCGCGCUUUCUCCCCCAGCAUGAUGGAGUACGACACAGAGAACAUGAACUCGGAUGAGAUCUACAGCUCGCUGCGCGGCGUGACCGAGGCCAUCCAGAACUUCAGCUUCCGCAGCCAGGAGGACGUGCUGGAGCCCGUCAGAAGGGACGGCAAGCGAGACGACCCGGCUGGCGGUAUGGCGUCGUCAGGGGCGGAGCAGCGGGUUGGCAUGGACGUGGUGGAGAGCGGUGGCGGUCGGACGGCGCUGGACAACAAGACGUCUCUGUUGAACACGCCGUCGCCGCGCUCCUUCAGUGGCCCGCGCGGGCGCGACUACAACCCCUACAACUACGCGGACACCAUCAGCGGCUACGACCGCAGCGCCCUCAAGGAGGCCGUGUUCGACGACGACGCCGAGCACUUCAGAGAUGGUCGUCGACAGCAGGAAGGUGGUGAAAAUAAGAUCAUGCACCCCAAAGCCUUCCCAACAGGUGCAGGGCAGCAGCUGGAGCUGGUGGGGGACCUGCUGAAGGAGCUGUCCAGCUCCAUGGGUGACCGGGUGGAGGAGCGGCGGACGGCGCUGCUGGAGCUGCUCAAGGUCACGCGGGAGGACUGCCUGGCCGUCUGGGACGAGCACUUCAAGACCAUGCUGCUGCUGCUGCUCGAGACACUCGGGGACAAGGACCACACCAUUCGUGCCCUAGCGCUCCGGGUUCUGAGAGAGGUCUUGCGGAACCAGCCUGCCCGCUUCAAGAACUAUGCAGAACUCACCAUCAUGAAGACCCUGGAGGCCCACAAGGACUCCCAUAAAGAGGUGGUGCGUGCGGCGGAGGAGGCCGCCUCCACCCUGGCCAGCUCCAUCCACCCAGAGCAGUGCAUCAAGGUGCUGUGCCCCAUCGUGCAGACGGCCGACUACCCCAUCAACCUGGCCGCCAUCAAGAUGCAGACCAAAGUCAUCGAGCGCAUCGCCAAGGAUUCGCUCAUCACACUGCUGCCCGACAUCAUCCCAGGCCUGCUGCAGAGCUAUGAUAACACUGAGAGUAGUGUGCGCAAGGCGAGUGUGUUCUGCCUGGUGGCCAUCUACUCUGUGAUCGGAGAGGAUCUCAAGCCUCACCUGGCCCAGCUCACGGGUAGCAAGAUGAAGCUGCUGAACCUGUACAUCAAGAGGGCCCAGACCACCAACAGCAACAGCAGCAGCUCCUCAGACGUCUCUUCUCACAGCUAAAGACCACGCCUCCAAUCCUCCAAUCACCUUGGCACCCCACUCAGACGUCUCGUCCCACAGCUAAAGACCAGUCCUCCGGUCACCUCACCGCUCCACUCCGCCACUUAGCACCUCCCUAAUGUCACACACCCGCCCAUAAGGCUUUAUCUACACCCAGAGGUUCCGAUCAUAAGCAAGACACUUUAUCCCGCUGAAAUUCAGUGUAGUUUGUCCCUCUGUCUAGCCCAUCGGUAAACAGUGUUUUAGAUUGUUGUUUUUUUUUUUUCCUGAUUUGGAAAUUCUGUUAACUCCACUCUGUUUAUGAUUGCGUGGGUAUUUCAGAAUAUGGUGUUCUAUGUUUUCUUUUGUUUGUUUAUUUUUAAUUGUUUGUUGAAUGUAAAGGGACUCUUUGGGUCUCCAUGACUACGCUGCCUCGUGGCUCUCCAGAACAUUCUGAUGUGAGAUCAGUCAUCUUGGGAACAGAGACGCAUUUAUGGGCAUUUAAAGAUUUUACUGUAAGUGUUAAAACUCUAGAGGAAAAAAACAAACAAACAUGCAAGUCUGUGAUGAAGUCUCUACUUGAUCUUUUUGUUUUCACAUUGCCCAUGGAAGGUGAAGAAGAAACUGUGAAUUUCUAGGGCAUCGUUCCUUCUCCGUCUCCCAUCACAGUCACGAUGUUUGUUGUCGGUUGGGAGUGUACAGUCGUGGCGUGGGUGUUUUCAGUUACAAUCAUUCACUUUGGGUUUGUUUAUGUGUGCUAGACUGUCGGAUCAUUGUUUGGCAGGGCCAGUGAUUUACAUUACAAAAUUCUGAUUUGACCUCUCGGAGGUCAAAGGUGAAACUUGGAACAUGAGGAAGUAGAGACUUUUCCAUUAUUUUUCACAAGGACCACUUAAUUUUAUGUGAUUUCAUUCUUUUAUUUUUUUUGUUAUUAAGGACCAGAUUAUGUAAGAAGGUUGAAUAUAUAAAUAUGAUUGUGUAUCAGAUAGAACCGUUGUUACUUUAAAAGAAGUAAGAAGCACUAGUAAACUAAGUAUGAUUGAUAGUUCCCUGAAACAUGAGUUUAUGCUGGAAUUUUUAAAUUCUUAUCAGUGUUUUGUUUUGUUCUUGAAAUCCCCAAAUAGAACAUGACUUGGCAUAAAGGAAAUAUCAACUUUAUUGAUAGCUUCUGGGAGGGGAGGGUAGAGAGGGGUGUUUGGACAAUCUCAGUUGUUGUGUGUAGGAUAAACAUGCAGUCCCAGUGAUCAAAAUGAAAAUUCUUACAAAAGGCUGUGGAAAUAUCAGCCAAAUGUCAAUGUAGGAUGUUUUCCAGAGCAAUAAUUUUUA